UAAAAUCUUACUAUCCUCCUCCAGACUUCUUCUUCUUCAUCUCUCUCUCUCUCUUUCUCUCUGUGCGUUUGACUUUAAUGUCAAAAUUUCUCUGAGCUUCUCCAAGAGCGAGACUCUGAAGGCUCAGGGAUCAUAAUCAUCAUGAGAGUGCUUCUGGGUCUCUUUCUUCUCUUGGCCUUGGCUAGCUCUUCAAAUGCAUCAUACUGUUUGUGUAGAGAUGGGAUCGUAGAGAAGCAGCUUCAGACAACCUUGGACUAUGCAUGUGGAGCUGGAGCAGAUUGUACACCCAUCCUUCAAAACGGUGCAUGUUACCAACCCAACACCGUGAAGAGCCACUGCGACUGGGCCGCCAACAGCUAUUUCCAGAGAGCCGGUCAAAUCCCUGGGAGCUGCAAUUUCUCAAACACUGCUACUCUCAGCGCCAAUCCUCCUUCAACUGUGGUUACUGGGUGCAUCUACCCUUCAAGCACCAGCGGUACAGGAUUCCCGACAACAACUCCGGCAACUGGAAGUCCAGGAAUAAAUGUGUCUCCUGGAGCUCCUGCGUUUGGUCCGACCGGAGUCACUGACCAAGGCAAUGGCACUACUAGUUUGUUCAUCUCAUAUGCUCUCACUACCACCCUCUGGUUCUUAGCUCUAGUGUUUCUAUGGGGUCAAUGAAGGAAACAGUGAGUUAGUUCUGAUGUAUGUCUGAGAUCUUGUCACGUGUGAAUGAAAGUUCUGGGGACAGACGUCCACGUGUGGAUCUGCAAGGGCUGUAUUAUGAUCAAUGAUGCUAUGAAAAAGAGAGGAAAAAAACCUGGGAAGUGGUUUAAUUAAGACAUGUGAGCAACCUAACUCACUGGCUGGAACCUGGAAGACUUUCUUGUUUUA